AUGCAUUUCAUCCGUGACGCUUUCACACUACCGACCUGGAUUUUCCUCGGUGCCCUCCUGCAAUCUACACUCUUGCUGCUUCUUCCCACGCACGUCGCCAUUCUACCCGUUAUCAUCUACUUCAUCGUCCGCUUCAUCGACAGCGUUCUCAUCUGGCACGGCAUGCGGCCAAACCCACACAUGUCUGGCGUAGUCCCCGGAAAAACCACCGCGCAGUUCCCUGGCAGCACAACGCCAUCGCAAAAUCCAAUCGUCGUCAUUAAGCUCGCGGCCCGCAGCAACCAUCCGCUCGGCAUUUUCCAUCCACACAUGCGAACCAUUAGCUCCUUUUUUAAUCGCAUGGUGAAGGAUCUCGACGACAACAGCGAACGGUAUGACUUCCUCGGCGCCAGUAGCUACAUGGCGAACGAGCGUGCGACAGCCAACGAGGUCAUGAUCUUGGCAUACUUUCGCACGUACGAGGGCUUGCAUGCAUUUGCUCAUACAGAAGGUGGUGUGCAUCGCGAGGCUUGGAGCUAUUGGAAUACCGAGGUUAUGGCCAAGGGGAAGACCGAAGAGAGCCGUAUGUUCGGCAUCAUGCAUGAAGUCUACCAAGUUCCCGUCGGAAAGUGGGAAAACAUCUAUGUGAACUAUCAUCCCAGUGGACUAGGCGCGACGACUCAUAAAGUAAAUGUGCAUGGCCAGGAGAAGUGGGCCAGUCCGUUAGUUGAUGCGAGGAAGGGGCUGUUGAGGAGCAGCAAGGGACGGAUGGCAGUAAGCACAGGGGGUGACAAUGAGAUUUACGGGGAUGACCCGUAUGCGAAUGAAAACGCUUGA